AUGUAUACGGUGAUGCAGGUGAUGCUGCUCGGAUUGGCUUCUGUGGUAGUCAAGGUAGGAUUCGACGGGGAGAAGGAGUGGUGGUUGUCAUCGGGGAGCACUCCUGCAGGUCCGUUCGGUCCGCUUUUUGCGAUACUUUACCAGUACAGUCGAACCAUCCCUCCACUCUACAACCUCAGCAUCAUCGAUUUUGACGCCGUGGGUGGGAUCGACAAGGGUGCCGCAGAGAUCGUGGAGGGUGGAAUGGCCGGUAAGGAGGAGCAGAGAGGUGAGGCAGGCGAGGCUGGCGGACCAGAAUGCGAGGGUGACGAACGUCGGCAGGCACAGCAUAGGCAUGAGUGGGGGGUUGACGAGUCUGCUCAGGAGAAGAGGUGCCGGGGACGCACCGCCAGCGACAACGACGACGACGAGGUUGGGGACGAGGACGAGGACGGGGUGGAACGAUGUGCCUCCCACAGAUGCCCGCGUUUCACCGUCAUAGCAGCAACUCCAUCUGUUAUUCAUCUCGACCUACAUCUCAGGGACUAA